AUGUCUAGCACAUUUCAUUUCGCCAAUCUAACUUGUCUCCCUCUCAAAUCUUCCUUCUCUCGCCAAUUUCCCUGUUUCCCGUCCCAUCGACAAGCUCUUCUGGCGUCCACCGCCACCGUCUCCUUCAAUGGCUACGGCAGCAGAAGACACCGACCCCUCACGGUCCGUGCCAUGUCUGCUCCAUCAUCUCCUUCUUCCUUCGGGGCCAGGCUCGAAGAGACGGUGAAAAAGACUGUGGCCGAGAACCCUGUUGUUGUUUAUUCCAAGACUUGGUGCUCGUACUCCUCUGAGGUGAAGGCGUUGUUCAAGAAGUUUGGAGUGGAACCCUUGGUUAUCGAAUUGGAUGAAUUAGGUGCCCAAGGACCACAAUUGCAGAAGAUUCUGGAAAGGCUUACUGGCCAACACACUGUUCCAAAUGUGUUUAUUGGAGGCAAACACAUUGGUGGUUGCACAGAUACUGUGAAGCUUCAUAGGAAAGGUGAACUUGAGUCUUUGGUCGAAACAGCCACCAAGAAAGGCAGCCAGAGUUAG